AUGGCUUCUCAAUCAAUUAUCAAUAAUAUCAUCUCUACACCAUUAUCGUCAUCAAUACCAAAAGACAACAAUAUUGGUUAUUCAAACAAUUAUUUCCUAUAUGUUGAUAAAUUAAUGGAUACUGAAAAUACAAAUGAUGAACAAAAUCAAUCAAUAUCAAAAGGAACAAUUCAAACAAAAUUACGUAUGAAAGAACGUAGUCGUUCACAAACAACACCAACAAAUACUGAUAUAAAUGAUCCAGAAAAUUUAGAUUAUGAAGAUAUUGAUGAUAAUCAUCAAGUUAAGCAAAUUCAUAAUUCGGUGAAGAAAAUAAAUGAUGAAGAAAAAUCAUCAGUUGAUAUUCAAGAUGAAGAAGAAGAUAAGACAUUAAAUAAUCAACAGAAGAUAAAUAAUGGUUCAUCAAAUAAUCAAGCAGCAGCAAGUGAUGAAGGAGAAGUGGAUGAAGCUGAUUUAGAAGAUGGAGAGAUUCAUGAUCCAAGUACAACAAAAAAUGAUAAUGCAUCAUCUGAUGAACAAUCAUUAGAUCAAAAUCGUAAUCAAACAAAUACUGGUGUACCAUCAUCACCUCAAGCUAAAGUACAUUGUCGAUUUUUUCUUCAAGGUCGUUGUCACUGGGGACCUAAUUGCAAAUAUAUUCAUCCAAAUAAUGAUUCAAUAAAAAAUCUAAAUAAUGCACCUGUUGUUGAUGGUAUAUCAUCAUUAAAUAAUGAUAUUUCACCACCAUCAUCAGCUAGUAUUUCUACACCACAACCAACGAAUAAUUCAUGGAUCUCACCACAAGCAACAACUAUUGCACCUACAUUUUUCCCAAAUCCAAUUCUUCGUGGUCAAGCUCCACCAUCUGGUAUGCCCCUUGUGCCACCAAGUGGUACAGAAUCAGCAUGGGAACGUGGAUUACGUUCAGCAAAAACUCUUCGUGAACAAUCUAUGCGACGUAAACAACAAGAUAAAGAUUUCAAUGAUAAAAAAUUUAAUUUAACUAUACGUGAUGCACUUGAUGAAAGAGAAGCAGAUGAUAAUCUUUUAAAUAUUGAUCGACCAUCUUUAAUGGAUUACGAUCAAUCUGGAUCGAAUUAUAUUGAUCAACGUGGUUAUUCAGAUAGAUAUCAUCCAUAUAUGUAUUCAAAUUCAUCUAACAAUUCUCACUAUAAUAAUAAUAAUCAUCAUCGAAUGAAUAAUAAUAAUAAUAAUAAUUCUCGACAUAAUCAAAUGUCUUCAACAAAUGAUCAUCUUGCUCGUCGAUCACGGCAUUCCAAUGAUUAUACUGAUUCACGAAAUGAUAAUCGAAAUCGAAAAGAUAAAUUAUCAACAAAAGAUAAUAAAUCAACAUCGAAAAGAGAUGAUGUAUUACCUUAUAAACGUAAUCCAUCUCAACAACAGUAUGUAUCCGGUUCACAUCAUAAUAAUGAUGAACAAUUACAUCCUAAUCCGUACAAUAAUCGACGAGGAGAUGAUUGGCAUGAUCCAUGGGAUAGAUCACGAAAUCAUGGUGGCGGUGGUAGUAAUCGUCGUUCAUCAGGUGGUGGUCGAGAAGUAUCUUAUUCAUCAUCAUCAGCGUCAUCUUCCAGAUCGAGAUCAAGAAGUCGACCAAAACGUCGUUCACCUUCUGUAACACGUGCAACAAAAUCAACACCAACAACAAAAUCAUCCGAAAUGGCUAAGAAUGGCAAUGAUAAAAAAUCCAAUGGAAAUAAAAAAUUAGUCUCACCAUCAGCAACGACAAAUAAAUUUCUUCCUGGUCGACAAAUAUCAAGUCAUACAUUGAAAAAAGCAGAAAAAAGUAGUAUUAGCAGUAAUUCAACAACUAAUAAUCAUUCGAAAGAUCAACGCGGAAAAGAUUCAGAUAUAAAUACAAAAAAACAAUUAAAAAAAGAAAACAUAAAUCGAUCGGAUAGUACUAGUUCAUCAUCAUCAUCGGAUAGCGAUACAAAUCGUGUAACACAUCGAUCGUCUAGUUCAUCAUCGGAUAGUUCAAGUUCAGAAAAUGAUACACGAACAUCAGCUAAAACAAAAACAGCUUCAAGUGGAACUAAAGCAUCAGUUGGUAGUAGCAGUCAUUCAACAAAAUCAGUUAGUCGACAAGUAUCUUCAUCGUCAGGUGGUGCUGGUAGUAAAAAUACAAGUACAAAAUCAAAAACUGAUUCUACAGUUCGAGGAUCAUCGAAAACAAAAGAAUCAGCAUCAACAUCAUCUAAGAAACGACGUGAUACUUCAUCAUCGACAGGUGCAACUAAAAAAACAAAAUUAAAUACGGAUUCUCAUAAAUCAUCAACUGAUGCAAGUAAUGCAGAAAAUUCUGAUUCUACUAAAAAGAAAGAAAAACAGAAGAUCUUAAAAAAAUUACAAGAAGUAGAAAAACUUAUAAGCCAACGAUCGACAAAAGCAUCAUCUUGA